CAAGUUCCAGAUGCUGUUGCUUUCUUUCCUCUCAAUUCCACCUUUGAGACCAAGGAAAUCAAAAACAGAGUAGCCGAAGGGAACGCCAGUGGAGUUACUUUAGCUCCCGGCCCCGACGGGGUACCUGGUGGCUCGUACGAAUUUUCUGGAUCUUCAAACAGCUUUAUCGAGUUUUCUAACAGCGAAGGGGGGCCACUUGACGUUCGUAACUCCAUGACACUGCUUUGCUGGGUUUAUUACAAUGGCAAAGACGGACCUCUCUUCAAUUACAGGACCACUGGGCGAGCGGGAGUACACCUAUGGGUAAAACAUGGUCAUCUGUUUGUGACAUUCAGAAAUCGUCACAACUCAUCCAUUAACGCCCUUCAGCACACUGAUUUAGCGGGAGGAUGGAAGUUCGUUGGCGCUACGUACGACCGCAGUACCGGUGAUGCAAAACUAUGGGUCAAUGGAGCCGUGGUUCAGACUCUGAACAUUGGAGCAGGACUAGACCUAGCCACUCAGGACAACAUCAGGAUGGGAGCAAAGAUUGGUAGUGACAGGUGCUUCAAAGGAAGGAUCACUCAGAUGCAGGUAUACGACAAGGCCUUAACUCAGGAACAAAUACAAGUGAUACAACAACAAACUGAAGCUGUCGGUGAGUAUGUGACGAAAGAAAAAUGUCCAGUGGAAGCAUCCAAGUUUCGGGUACAGUAUGUUGCCCAGUAUCCGGACACUUCAGUUUAACAUUGAAAUAACUUUCCUGUGUUAGUCGCAAGAGCUCUGAAAUUUGGCCCAGAGAAAAUCUAUUUAGUCUUUAAUAUGGCGGAAGACAUUUUAACUGUUUUGCCUUUGUUUCCAUCGCGAAAUUAAUAUUUUUGCAGAGCUCCUAUGUUGCCCAGUAUCCGGACAGCUGGCCCAGUAUCCGGACACAACAAUAACAACGUGAUCGUACAUAAAUUUCGACAGACGAGUGACUUAUAAGCUUCUCUUGCACUUGUAAAGUAGUCUGGCAUGUUGAUUCCAAAAAUGUAACCUAGCAUCGUAAAACAAAACAUAUCAAUUGACUGGGGUAUGGUGGGGAACGCGAGCGGUUGUUAAAUGGCAUAAUUCUUACUUUCUUGUCUAGGAACUUUUUCACUGAUUUAAGGUAGGCAUACGUGGACAUGCCGAAGCCGCGGUUUGCUAGCUCAAUUAGCCAAUCUGCAAACGAGUUUUUUUUCUUCAUUCUUUAUUUAAAAAAAAAAAAAGCUUGGGGAAGGGACGUACCUCAAUGCGACGGUCAAAGGUCACUCUCUUAUUUAGUCUGACCUGUAGUUUUGAUUUCUUCAUGCUCCGUCCAUACAGACCCUACAAUACGCCUGCUUUUCUAGCACUUAUUCCUCAUUCUUUCACAUCUCUCAAUCCCUUUGUGACAUUUUUCAGACCGUUGUAACCCCAUUCUAGCAGUCACAACUGGGGAAAGUAUGAGAAUUCCAGGUUCAACUCUGACGCUUUCGGUUAUAUAUAAAAAAUGCAGUCACGCAAAACAAGAAGCGCACACGAAAUCAAGUCGCCUCCGAAUGAGUGAAGGAAAUUUCCAUACGAAGUUGAGUAGAAUUACAUUUUACGACUGCAUCAUAUAUCCUAAGCUUUAAUUAUAGUUAUGGAUAUGAAAUAAAUCUUAUCCGGACAAUGUACACAGCUAAUUCAUCGAUUCUGUACAGCAAAGAAAAAACUGUCCGGAUACUGGGCACCCGACAUCAAUAAUUAGUGAAUGUUUUUGGGCUCCGUUAUUCCAAACAAAUCGAAUUUCAAGAAGAAUUAAUAAACUUUCUGAGAACCUGACUUCUUUAAAUAAUUCUUCACGGUAAAUAUAAAACCGUUUCUUUGAAAAUAACACAUAUUAACUACCCUUUUCUGAGCAGCACUAAUUUUACUGCGCAGUAAACAGCGUAAAUAUUAGCCAUGAAAUGUUUAUUUACCUCAACAGAACGGCAUCUUCUGCGACUGUUUCGCAAGCUUUCAACUCGCCAAAACCUUCAUCUUAAAGCUUAAAUGUUCAGCUUUCAUUCGAAAUACUUCGUUUACCGAUAACUGAAAAGGGCGCCUCAAAAAUUGAGUUUUGGUUUUAAGUGUCCCGAUAUUGGUACCUUCCGGAUACUGGGCAACAUACUGUACCAAACUGGUUGUUUUGUGAUUUUUAGUUUUUAAUUUUGAGAGCGAAUUUAUAGAACAAUGGUAAGCUGGUAUAAUAUGUUCUGGCAUUCUCCAAAGAUAAGUCAGGCCAAUAACUUCUUAUUCAAAAUUUUACCUUAAAAAUAACAACAUGGACAGUGAAAUUAAGAUUUAUUAAUUCAAAAUGGUCGUCAUCUUCGCUGUCGUGCUGCAUUUUAUAAUUACCAAGAGCAAUAAUGGCUCUUGAUUUUACUUAGGAGAAAUGUCAGUACAAACUAAACAUUUUUCGAGAUAUGUUUUUACAACGUAAUGUCUUUUGCUGCUUUUGAAUAAGAGCCAUAGUCGAUUCGCACUGAGAAGAAAAUCAAUGCCGGGAAAAAUAACAGAUACGUCGAGAUAUAAAAAUUCAAAUAACUUUCAACAAUGUAGUUCUUAGAAUUUCUUAUCAACAGUUGAGUGUUUUGAUCAAAUAAUCGGUUCCUUUAACUGUCCUUAGUCUGACCUGGGACUGAAACAUGCGCGAACUUUAGUUAUGACUGAUGUGUUCACCUACUUUGUAAUGUAGCGGAGUAUUAAAUUUACUUUGCGUUGUUUUCCUUGGUGAUAUCCGCUUCCAAAAGAUGUAACUGUGCCGACAUUUUUAUGAUGGGGCGGGGGAUGGGAAGGGGGAGUUCUUCUUCAAACGAUCGUCAACCGAUAUAUAUUUAAUGGAGCCAAAACCAAUUGUAUUGGACGGCAUUUUUGCCAUCAUAUGCAUACUACACAUGACUUAAACACUCACCAAGCGCGAGGUCAAGAUGGUAGGAUGUUGGCCAGUCCUUUUUUAUUUUUUACUGCAACUGUGCCUUAACAUGCCGUAUGAUGUCGUUAAAAUUUUGAAAGUUACUGUCAGCCCGCUGCCCGGCUUUCAUGAACUCUGAAAAGGGAAAUCAAGGAAAGCCAAUCGGUUUGCUACCCAAACCGGAAAACAAUGGUAAACAAUGAAUUACCAUUGUUUAAAAGAACGAAUCAAGAAAGACCUUACGAGCAGCUCCUAAAUCGCCGCCGGGGGGAAUCAAUCGUGUUUAUAUUAUUCAAGCCGAAGAUCCUACGCUCCUCCUCUCUGUGUGACAGCUAUUGACGGCUUGAUUAUCGCUCAGUUUACAUAUUCCUUAAUUUUCAACACUUGAACUUCUGUCUAAGACUAAGUCUUUUAAAUAGGUCAUUAACGACCGGAAUAACUAAUCGAAAGAAUAACCGGGAUCCUUCUUUCUACAGUUGCGUUAUCAUGCACCUACUUAAAGAACAGAGACCCUACAGCAAAAAGUGGAUAUUACGACAUUGAUCCAGAUGGCGAAGGAGAUCAGGCACCAUUCUCAGUGUACUGUGACAUGACUUACAAGAAUGGAAUUGGCGUGACUGUCAUCAGUCACGACAGUGAGAACAGGACUCAUGUGAAAGGAUUUCAACACCCGGGUAGCUACUCACGUGUCAUUAAUUACAAUGGAGCGACUCUGUCUCAGUUGGCCAAUCUCACCAGAAUCUCCUCGCACUGUGAGCAGUUUAUAAAGUAUGACUGUUAUAAAUCGAAGAUGUUCCGUAACAGCGGAUAUGCUUGGUGGGUGUCACGUGAUUCCACUAAGAUGACGUACUGGGGUGGAGCAUCACCUGGCAGUGGUAAAUGCGCAUGCGGGAUGAACAACACGUGUGCAGACUCUGAACGCGCCUGUAACUGUGAUAAGAAUGACGAUGUAUGGCGUGAAGACAGCGGUCUCCUCACCGACAAGACAAAACUUCCAGUAAUAGAGCUCAGGUUUGGUGAUACUGAUAGACGGAAGGAGGAAGGCUACCACGCUUUGGGAAAGUUUAUGUGUUACGGUACAGCAUGAUCACCUAGAUAUCACUCAUAAAAAAACUUGUUGCCAUUUGUUAUCAUAGAAUUAUAAUUCAUUGUUAUUGUUGUGACACUGAACUUGUAAAUCAGUUACGUAUAUUUAAGUGCAAGUGAGUUGAUGGCAUUUCUUUAUUUUGUUUUUGAUUUUCAAGUUGUUAAAACAAAACUAAAAUCAAUAGCAAAAGAUUAACACCGAUUUUGCAUAGGGUUGACUCUGAAAAGCUUCAACUUGUAUUUCUUUACUUAUUUCGUUAUAAUUUAUACUUUAAUUUUGGUUUACUUUUUGUAGUCGAAAAAAUCAGUCAGCAGUUUUGGUAAAAAAAUAAUUUUAAACUAAAUGGUUGGUUCAGUUUAAAAAUACGUGUUUAACUUAGGUUUAAAACGGGUAAAGACUUCGAUGUAUAUAGUUUUCAGUAGCGAUAUAAAUGAGUUCAGUACAUUUUGAGUUUACUAAACAUGAUAGCAGUAGCUAAAUAGUACUCUUUAUUGCUUUUUAACGCAGUAUCAGAUAUCUUGAGUUAUUCGAAUAAACUGCAUUUUCAAGCGCCAAUUGUUCAGUUGCUGUGAGUUGCCAGUGCUUUAAUUGUAACUUACUUUUGGGACAGCUUUUAUUCAGUUCGGUUCUCUUCAAGAAACGCUUUUCUCUCGUUGCACGCUAGCCAUCUAUCUCUGCCGGGUGUCUCACUGUAUGAUCUGUAUAUGCAUGUCUCUCAAAUUAGUUUCCAUGUGCAAUCGGCUCAUUUCCCUCGAGCGUGAGGGUCGAUACGAGGUUCAUUCCGGUUUAUCACGGAUCUUACGGAGACUAAAUAUAAGUAAUCAGAAUUAACUUAGUCCUCUAAUUGAUAUGUAAACCGUAGUUGUGUAAACAAUACAUUCUCAAACGUUUCUCGCGUUCUUCUAUAGCAAAAAUGAGCCAGGGCUAUAAGCAAACCUCUGGUUAAUAAUACGUGUAAACAAAAAAACAAAUAAAUAAAUCGUGUAAUGCUAAAUGGGGACGACAGUGAAAAUAGUUUCAAGACUAAUAGAUCUAAUUAGCAAAAAAAAAAAACAAAUUGCACGUGCAGCACACUUUUUCUACUAAUUAGCAAAAAACAAAUUUGCACGUGCAGCAUGCUUUUUUGUCUUUCCCUAGCCUUGCCGUUGUUUUGCACGCCUACAACGCUGUUUUGUACGAAUAAAACGUCAAACUUCUUAGCUGGACAUUAUUUUUAUGGAGGAAUUGUCGUAUGUGCUUACCCAAUAUUUUGUUUCCUGUGUUCAUGUUCGCUUUUAUUUUUCACUGCCGCUCAUGCAUUUUCACCUUGCUGGCCGCUAGUAUUUUUCAUUUUCUCACCGCCGCUUUGAAGUUCCAUGUUUUUCUUCCUAUGAAAUAAGUCUCCUUUGUUUUCAAUAACUCGCUCCAGCUCUUUGUCUGUUUUUCACGUUAGUGUAAAGAUAAAAAACAAACGCCGAAAAAGACACGUACAACUCUGUUGCUGUUUUUUCUUUCUAAAAGUCCCGGCGGCCAUGUGAUUUCGUUCCAAAUAAAACCUUGAGUUGCAUUUGGGUUGCCAUACCUGUUGAUUGAGUUAUUUUACCUUGGUAUGCCUGUGGUGCGGACGGACGGUCGGUCAAGCGGGCGGGCGGGCGGUCGGUGUACGGUCACGUGAUUACCACAUUUUCUCGGAUGGGUAUAUUACCACAUUUUCUCAGCUAUGGGGCUCCGCCCACGCUCGGUGCGAAGCGUCGCGCGUGGAGCUCCGCUAUGAACAAGCAAGGUGGGACCACGGAAACGGGCAGAAAGCCGAGCUAGGAGCAAUAUAUAUAGAGGAAUUUGCAAACUUAUAUUGUAAACUUUUAGAAGGAACGAAGAGUUAAACUAGAAAAAAAAGGAUCGCCGCGUGCAGGGAAAAAGACUUGAAAAAAAUGUCGAAAUGUCGGAAAUGUUGGUGAGUUCCCUGGGGGGAAAAUGGACAGCUUCCUGUCGUAUUUUACGAAAAAGAGACAUACAUUCAAGUAAGUAUAUUUAACUGUAGUGAAUGUCAUAUUGUAGUCAGAGGUGGUAGAAUUUUAAUGAGUAUGGUAUCUGAGCCGGUGAAUGUAGCGAGUAUAGUGAGUACAGUGAAUGAAGGAAAAUUAGUAAGCGUAGUAGAUGAUGCGAGUGCAGUGAGUGUAAACGAUGUUGUGAAUAGAGAUUGAUGAAGCUAGAACUGAAGUGUCAGUAGUGGAUGUAGUGAGUGUUAGAAAUGUGAUUAGAGUAAUUUGUAAUUUGUUUACCCACGGACCUCUUAGGAGUUCUUAAGAGCUCGUUGAAACGUGUCGACUCCGUGCGUUCUAGAUCGAAUUGGAAUUUGGAAGUGUUGGUUUUUAUAGAGAGGACAUAACCAGAUUACCAAGAGAAAAACCUCUAUAGGAACAAGGGACAGAACUAACAAUAAACUCGACCAAAAUAUGGUGUAGUCUGCUAUACAGCCGUCGUUUUUCAUGUCGUCACGGAACGCUCCUCCCCACAAAGGAGAUGCAUGUAGACUACAUACGGUUUCGUCGCCGGGAUACGAACCUGGGCCACAUUGGUGGGGGGCGGUCAGUGAUCUCAUCAAUGCGCCACCCUAAUGCUGUCUCGAAGUGAAUGGAUGUUGAUUGUAGUCAUUUAAGUAUAAGGGGUUUCUUCUCAAUGGUGGCGGGUCGGCUGAAGGCCGCCGAAGUCACAGCCACCGAAGCUGUGAAGAAAGACCUUCCACUUUCCACCGUUAUGUAAGGCCACUGAAAGAUUUGAAAAGCCCCUGAAUUUUCUGACGAUGAAAGAACACAUAAUCUUCUUAUCAAAAAUUAAUUAUUCAUUAUUGGCUAAUCAGUCAAUUUUAAAAAGUGAGCAUUUUUUUAUCUGUGAAGUUUAAGCUUGGAAAGACAUAUUUGUUUGGCAUGUUUAUUAUUUGUUUGAUCGCCAUCAUUAAUUUCCAUGUAGUCUCCUACGUAGCCGUUCUUUGGGUUGACGCGCUCCACUCGUCUCCACACAAUGGGGGACUGAGGGAAUGGCUCAGCAGGAGAUUAAAAGUGAAAGGUGCGAGUACACAUAACCCUUUAACUGAUUUGAAGCGUAUCUUCUCUGGUCAAUGAUCAUUCAAUGAUUCAUACGCGAGUCUGAUGUCUUAUCUUUGAAACAGUUUGUAUGGUAGUUUAAUAGGUUUUCGUUGUUUAUUUUGGCCUUGAAGAGUUCAAAGCGGUUAUUAAUUAGUACCCAGCAGGUGAAUUUGUCAGUUAGUUUCUCCCGUUUUUAUUAAAAGGGGACAAAAGCAAAGAAACCACCAUCUUACUGUUGUCUAGUUUUUAAAGUGCAUAACAUACAUUGUAAAAGAACAUUAGUUUUAAUUCUUUUGGCAGGUUUCCUUUGUCGUGUAUAAAUUGAAAUUAGGGAAACGAAUAUUAAUAAACAAGAUUCUUAGCUUGUAGAGGAAAGCCUUGUUAAGUUUUCCAAUUCACGUGCAAAGUUGCUAGCGUAUAUGACUUUUAUUGAAUUUCUUUUUACACCUUAUUCCUAGAUUAGACUGAGCAAUGAGACAUGAUUUUCUCACAUUCAACUGACACUUCCUCAUAUAUUGUAAUGUCUUUUUACCUAAUUACGAGAGCUAUCCCACCUGAAAUCCAGUUUGGUACUUGCUCAAUUAAGUAUCCUAAAUGUAAUUAAGCAAUUUACGAUAAAUAUAGGCUCUAACGCAAAAUGCAACAUGUUUAUCAACAAGGGAAAAUAUAGUUCUCAGAUUGAUAACAAUUACAUCCUUUCUUAUUGCGCUGGAAAACAAUUACGAUGAUGGUUUAACAAAUACGAAAAGAAAAGAAACACUAUGUUUCUACACGUGUCAUGAUAUUGGCAGCUUGAGGGCAAUAUAGAGGCCUAGAGAUAACCGCAAAAACACUAAAAAAAAUAGGUUGACGAAAAUUGCAAUAUCGAUGUGUCAAUCUAUAAUGACUGAGCACUUGAGCAAUUCAUCAAUUAUAUUCUAUUUUAGUUUGAAAAACAAUUUAUGGUAAUGGGAACCUUUGUAACUUAUUUUAAAAUUUCUAGAAAUUGUAGCAAAGUAAAAACCGAAACUGUCUGACUCCGAAAAGUAAAUUUAAAUUUCCUUAUCAAACAAUACUUAUCUUUUUCAAGCAAACCAACAAAAAUUAAUAGCGACUUAGACUGCAGAUUUUAAGAAAAAAGAGGGGAAAAAAACGCCCUUUCCUCUUUCCUGAAGCGAAGAUUGUUUGUCACCAGUGACCUAUAAGGGGUGUCUAGAUAUUUUGAGCCCUUCCUUUGUACCGUGCUAGUGCCUUCACCACAGUCACCCACGACGGUUAGGGCUAUCUACCCUACGCUCCUAAACAGGACUACUAGUUCGCAAACUGCGUCCAAAAUUAAAUUAAAGUUGACGGGGAAAGAAAAUGACUUUAUAGGGGUAACGCAAUAACUGGUAAACCAGUAGUUUUCAUCGUGGCCCACAAGGUUAGGAAUCCCAACUAGCCCGAGGCAAACCAGUUGGCCAUUUACAACCGGAGCAGGUGAACUCGGGGCUACCGUUAAAAAAUCCAGCCAGCGGUUAGAGCGGUGAUUGAGCCCUGGGCCAUUGAUUACAAUUUUAGAGCUCUAACUGCUGAGCCAUGCUACCUCCUCAGUCGAAACUUGAAAUGUCAAGAGUUAUUAGGAUUCCAUUCAGUUGCAGAUUGAGACGAUGUUCCCUUGAGUUGUAAGAAUUCCAUUGAUUUGCAAAUUGAUCACUUUUAUUUGUGUCAAAAGUAUUUAACAUUCAAUAUAUUAAUCUGGUCAGGCUAUCCACUGGGCGCAGCGAUAAACCAAGCUGUUCGGGGAGCAGUUCUUUCAAUAAGGUCCCCAGUAUGACACGUCGUUGUUUUUGCGUCAGAUUAGCAAUCGAUGGUUGUGUUUUAUGGGGUUCUUGGCUGAGCUAUAUCGUAAUACUCAGUAAACAAAAUGGACGCAAAGAUCUCGUUGCAUGCUGAGUGCACGUCUGCAACAUGCAUUUAGCUGUUCCUCGGUCACUCAUCGCUAGAGUUCUCAACGCAAAGGCGACAAUAGAGAGAUCAAGCAUCGCGUUUAUUACGGCAAACGGCAAACGUGACUUUGGAACACUUGACCAAGUUUAUCGCUUACUGUUCACAGAAGAUCGGUAGAUUCACGCCAAUUCUAUCCAAGAAUUGUUUUAAGCUGUUUUUAUGUAUUCAUGAUCAAUAUUUCUUAUUUUGAAAAAUUUUCAAUUUGAACCCCAUGUUUGCCGUUUGCUGUAAACAAGAUACGUAAUCUAACCGUGUCUAAACCGUGAGCGCGCACGAGUUAAUUGCGCACCUGUUUGCUAAAAUAGAGUACUCUUUCUAGUAUGCAGUCUUCAACGCCCUACCUCAACAAAAAGUAAUUGCAAUUGAACGCAUGCUAGGCUAAGUAUAAUUGUACACUUUGGCUGAAGACGAAAAAACGCGGUCCACCUGCUGUACUACCGUUUUCAAACAGACCUGUUUGGGAAAGGGUACUGCUACACGAACGCCUGCAUGCUUAGAACAGACUGAGCCAUAAGGUAGAAUGGCUUCUCUGAGACAGCCCUGUUUCGCUGAAGGUCCUUUGUUUAAGUGCGAAAGUGGUCGGCCAAACUCUCUUGUGCUUAUUAACUAGUUUUUAUGUUAAAAAUUUCUGUCAUAGGUGAUUGCAGUCAAAGCAACCGAUACAUUACAUUUCUGACACCAGCAAGAGGUUUUUACCUUGAAGAGCACGUGUUCUCCAACCAUUCUGUGGAAAUAAACCUAGACUGCCAAGACCAAUGCGCCCUUGCGAGGGAAUGUGUUUCAUAUAAUAUUGGUCCAAUGAUAAACAACAAGAUGGCCUGUGAACUCAGUAAUUCAGAUCACUUGCAACAUCCAGAAGAUCUCAAACCAAGAAAAGACUGGUUCUAUAGAGCAACAAAGGUGUCACUGCCAGGCAACAUCUGUGAAUUAAAAUUUUUGAAAAGAAAUGAUGACGAUCGAUAUAAGUAUAAAGAGGACACCAUUGAUGGUGGUGUAAUAUAUAUAAUGAAUACAUAUAAUUGGUCAAUAUUUAACAGACGAAGAAACUAAUGAUAAUUAUGGUGCUGCCAGAAAUUAUGGUUAUGUAUGAUGAUGAUGAUGAUGAUGAUGAUGACGAUGAAGAUAAUGAUGAUGAUGAUGAUGAUGAUGAUGAUGAUGAUGAUGAUGAUGAUGAUGAUGAUGAUGGAGCGCGUUGA